GGUAGCGGAGCCCCCCGCGUCCCUGGGGAGGGCGAGCCCGGAGGCUCCCGGGUGGCAAUGGCCGGGUCCCAAGCCUGCGGGGGCGAAGGGAAGGUUCCGGCGGGCGGGACCCUAGCACUCCUCUGCGGACUGACCCGGGACACGAAAAGGUUACAGCCGCCCAGGCGCCCGCGCGCCCCGGCCAGGGCCGCCGCUCCGGUGGGGGCUCCCCUUGGUGUGCCGGUUCCGAAAGCCAGCGGGACCGCGGGGUUCCUUCGCCAGGACCGGGGGAGAAGCAGCCAUCGCGAGAAAGCCCGCCCCCUCCUCGCAUUUGCUGGCAUUCCUAGACCGGAAAAUCGCUGCCGUCUCUCUGCUGGGAACCGUGUCUACUCGCCACUGACCCCAUCCCACCCUCUUUAGUCAUCUGUGACUAAGAGGUGCACAGUAUACUAAUUCAGCUAUUCUGUACAUUACUCAGUGCUCAUCCAGGGCCGGGAAAACUAUCAUCUCUGACAACUUAAAUUCUCAUUUCCUUGUAUUCAUUACAUGUGUGCUCCAGUAUUAUUUCAAGGAUUACAGCCUGAAGAAGAACUACAGCUGUGGAGUGAGAUAGAUGACGCUUGUUCGGCCUUGCUGUCCCUUGAUUCUCAGCCUCAGGCAUCCAAUGCAUUGGAGGAGCUUUGCAUUACAAUUAUGGGGACUCUGCCAAAACCCCAGGAAACAGAUGAAAAAGAUAAUACCAAAAGGUUCUUAUUUCAUUAUUCGAAGACACGGAAAUUGGGCAAUUCAAAUGUUGUGUCGUCUGUCAUGCAUCCGUUACUGCAGCUUGUUCCUCAACUGCAUGAGAGAAGAAUGAAGAGAUUCAGACUGGACGAAGAAUUCCAAGGUCCUAUCCAAAUUCGAAGACAGUUUUUGUUCAGGCCACGCAAUGGAAGAAGUUCAGAAGGUUACAUUUAAAAUGGAUAACCAACUAUUUUCCACAGAAGCGGCACCAGGGAAUGCAAAAUGUUAACAUUUUUUUUUCUUCUCAGAAACAAUCCUUGUUAAACUUAUCAUGUGUGAGA